CAAAUGACAAUGAAAUAUAAUUGUAUAUUAUAAUAAUAUAUUUGUCUGACAUGUAGGAAUGUACAGGUACAUAUCAAAAUCUCAUUUCUACAUUUGUGUAGGAAUCAUUUACGUGUGUAACUUUUUAUCUGCUACCCUCGUGUAGGAACUUGCGAUACCUCGUAUUUUGUGGUAUAAUCGAGUUUUUCGCCGAUCACCGACAUCAUGGCGCGCUCUGUAUGCGCUUAAUAAUUGUCUUGUUUGGCGUUCUAUAGGCGAGAUAGCGCCCCACAUCUAGUAGCCAAUACUCAAAUACAAGUACACAUUUUAGAUCGCUAUUUUUAACCCGUUAUUUUUGCUAUUUAAAAUCUUUUCAUGAAUUAGUUUUUUUCAAAAUCGAAUUUAGGAAUAAAGGCUUGGUCCAACCUCUUGGUCAUUCGACUGUAUUUACAAUAUUUACAUUAUAAUAUUACUAUAUUAGUGUACAAUUGUUACAUGUAACUUAAAAUUAGAACAGCGUAUAUAAUUUGUAUAGUUAUAUUGGAUAGGUAUUUAAAUUAUUUUGUGUAUAGGUUCUUAUAUUUACUGCGACGAUAAAUAUGGUGAAAAAAUUGGUCUGCUUAAAUCGUUGGUCCCGCCUAUCAACACUCAAAUGAUGUCACUGUAUCUACCUACGACCAUAGACGUAUAUUAUAUUAUACGUCUAUCGUCUUAUGGUAUCUUCAAUUUUUUUUACUAUGAUGGCGUCCAUCGCCGUCGUGGCCGUUACAGUCAUCGUUGAGUAAUCCUGAUAUAAUGCUCGGUCAAUCGCUUAAUUUUUCAUUUCAGCAAAGUAUUUGAUUUUAAUAUUUUAGAACCUCACAUCACUCUGAAUCCUAAAUUGAAUCUCAUCGUCCAUCUGUGUAUCAUAGUUAUAUCAUUUUAUAAAGGAGAAAACUUCGUUUAUAUUCAUUUGAUACAGUACAAAAGUGUCCACUAUUGUAAGAAAAUAUACCUUCGAAUCGAGACAAAAUGACAUCUGAUACCAAACUAGAAGAAAAACCUUUAACGGGAUUCUCAAAGUAUUUCAAUACAACGACUAUAAACGGUCGAGUGAAUAUUUCCUGUGCUACAUUUGCAACAUUAGGAAUGUUUUUGCUGUACGUGAAAUUCAAACCGAAGCUGGAUAAAAAGUCACAGACAAGCAAUGAAAAAUAAAUACACAAAAAGUUAUUUAUUUUUUUGUAAAUUUUUUCUUUUUGAUAUAUAUAGU